GCCUUAAGUUAAGUUUUCUUUUUCAUAUUUGACUUCAACCUUCGAAUCAGUAGACUUGGCAAAUUUAUGUAACUACUAAUUAUAUUUCUAGAAUGAAUACAUAUUGAUAUUGAUGGCGUGUAUUCUGCAGUGUAGAGCAGACUAUUAUUUCCUUUAAUGACGAGGAACACUUGAAGUUACCGGUAUCUAUGGAUUUACAUUGUUUACUUAGAUACCGCGAUACCGGUACCCCUAUAAAUAAAUAAUGUUUUCUGGAAUGGCUGCUUAUGGGGUCUGGUGUAGUUUAGUACCACAUGUACUUCUAAUUGGCUUGUGUCAUCACUACGACGUUACUGUGACUUAUCAAGCCCCUCCUGAACUAGAUACAAUUUAUGCCAGUCUCACGAUUUUUCAUUUUAAAAAUUUUAUUUUUUUUUAGUUGUGUUUUGUAUUUAUGGUAUAUUAUUUCACCAAUGUCUUUCAUCUUUUUAUAUCUAACCAUGGAUAAGAAUUCUGAUAUUUAUUUUCAUGUUUUUAUAAUUUGGAUUGUACACAAGGAAUUUAAUUCUUGGUUGUAAUAGCAAAAUAAACGUAUAAACAUUUGUCUUUUUCACAUCCUCCUAAAAUUAGUUCCAACUGGGCUGUUUAUUUUUUUCAAGUUAUAUAUUAUUAUUCAGUAAUCGUAUUAUGGAAUACUCUUAUCAAGCUCCUGAUUGCUUGCCAGGACAGAACGAUCUUAUAGACUUCAGCUCAGAUAGCAGCGUGGGCGUUCACAAUCAAGAAGAGGGUGAGAUCGAAUCCUCUAGUACUUUGACGAAAAAUAGAAAUCAAAUUAAUAGAGAUGUAGUGGCUGUUAAAAGUGGGACUGGAGAUAUAGGGUUCGUCGCUGUCGGACGGCCGACCUCAGAAAAUCCGAUCACAAAACAAAAGCAUCGUAAAACACGAUCGAACAUCGAAAAAGAGGGCUAUCACUCAGAUUCGUCUCCUCGAUGCCCUAAUGGUGGAAUUGAUAAUCUCGGAUACCAAACAAUUUCAAGAAAUGAAUCGUAUAGUUAUGAUGACACAGGACUUAGUUAUUGCUCUGAACUUGAACGAUGGGGAAAUACUGAAUUUUUGAACACAAAUUUAAGUUCGUCUCAACCGGAGUAUGUUUCUGUCGAAGGGGAACGUUAUACUACAAUCGAUUAUUCAAACGCUACUAUCCAGCAUGUCACAACCAAUCAACCACGUAACGAUAGAGGAGGACAAUUUGUGGAGCUUCCGGAAACAUCUGGACAGCGUACGCAAAUUUCUGAUACAAAUCGAUCGUCUCGUCAAGGACGUCAAACACCAUCUAGUGAUAGAGAGUCGUCCUAUUCAUCGCACUCGUCUCGUGGGAAUUCACCAGUUGAAAACGAACCUAGUACUGAAAUGAGGACAUCUAGUGUCGAGAACAAUGUGAACGAAACGACUCACAAAAGCACAUCACCUGUACCUAAAUCACCACCGUUAUGCAAAUGCUGUGGGCAGAAUCACGGUGUUACGGAAAAUCAUGAAUAUAAUUACGUCGACGAAGUUGAUGAAGACCUGAUGUGUGAUAUUUGUCUGCAACCACUGGUCGAUCCCUACGAUACAAAAUGCGGACACACGUUCUGUUCUAUUUGCAUCAAAAAUUAUUUAAGAGUGAAACACAUUUGUCCAGUAGAUAGAGAAGAAUUAACCAAUACAGCAACUGACUGUUGGCAGUCAAGUCUGAUUCUACGAAAACUAGUUAACAAAUUAACAGUAACCUGUCCGCAUGAGGAAUAUUGUGAUAAAAAAAUACAGCGCUGUGACCUUAAGGGUCAUUUGAAGGAAAUAUGCCCAGGGGCCGUUUCACGGUGCCCCAAGUCGAUGUAUGGCUGUGAUCAUAAAGGUCCAAGAGCUGGUAUCGAAGCGCAUUUGAAAAUUUGUGCUUUCAAGGAUAACAACGAUAAGCUUUCAGAUUUGCACCCUUUUUCGGAAGAAAUUGUCGUUGAAUUGUUUCGACCAGAAGGUACAGCUGAGCUUGGAUUGCUUAUAGUUGGUGGUAGUGAUACGCCGUUGCAUUAUAUUAUUGUUCAAGAUAUUUUACCACAGAGUUUAGCGUUUCAAGAUGGUCGUAUUCAUGUUGGUGACAUUAUAAUGGAGAUAAAUGGAGAACCUAUGUUUUCAGUGAUGCAUGCUGAAGCUCGUGCUGCGCUUACGAAACCGUCUAAUUUAAUGAGGUUUAUGUUGUUACGGGAUGUGGACAAUGAGGACCCCAGUGAUAGCGUUGCUUCUUUAGUCAGAAAACCAAGCUCUUCUGCAUAUUAUGAGGAAUGUGUUGGUCUCAUCAAGCCUCCGCUUGAGCAGCUCGGGAUCCGGAUUUCUUCUAGUGAAACGGGAGCGAAGGGUGUUUAUAUCAUUGAACUAAUCCCGGGUCAAGUUGCGGAAUCGGACGGUCGUCUUCAAGUCGGAGACAGAAUAAUGAAAAUUGGGAAUACCGAAGUCGGUGAUAGUACACCAGAACAAGCUGCUAGAGUUAUCGGAAGUUGCGAUAAAGAAGUAAAAAUACUAGUGCGCCAUCCGCUGGUUAAACCUACCAUAGUCUGUAACGAAUGGGCUCAUGAUUCAAUAAUACAAAGGCAGAAAAGUACAAACGAUGCAUCUACAUCGAUGUCAAAAUCCACGAAUCCGUAUUCGCCACAGCAAAAGAAGUUGUCAAAAUCAUCCCACACAAAAAAAAUAAUUUCUGUCACAAAAUCACCAAAAGAAAACUUAGGGAUCAUUGUUUCAGGAGGAAAUGGGAGCCCUCGUGGAAAUCUACCAAUAUUUGUUCAAGAUGUUCUUUCCAUGUCAGUAUUAGGUAAAGACAAGCGAAUACGUCGUGGUGACCUCCUUUCAGAAAUAAACUCUAUACGUUUAACUGGUCUCUCUCACACUCAAGCAAUGAACGCAUUACGGGAAUCAGCUCAGCAAAGAGAAGUUACUCUUGUUGCUUAUGAGUUAGAAUACGAAGGGAAGGCUGAAGACACAGCUCUAUGGGAUGAACUGACUUCUCUACAUCAAAAUCCAAGUAAAUGGGCUCCAUCUUGGAAAAUGUGGCUCGCUGCUACACAUGAGUUCUCAUCGAUACGCGAGGUGGUUCUACGGAAACCUUCUUCUACAAAUUAUGGAUUUAAAAUCACGGGAGGAUUUACAGAAGAACAUGGGCCAUCCCCGAUUUUUAUUACGCAUAUUUUCAAAAAUUCAAGCGCGAAUAAAUUCCUGAAAUGCGGGGAUGAGAUUGUUGCAAUCAAUAAAAGACUUGUGAAAGAUAUCCCUUAUCUACAAGUCCUAAAUAUUUUGAAAUCUGUUAACUGUGUUUCGAUAAAACUUGUAUCAUGGCCUGGUAGUCUUCAUUAGAACUCUUACUUUUUUUUAUAUUCUAUAUUGGUUAGUACACUUGUUCUUUUGUGCCAUUGUUAGCUGUGAUAUUUAUUCAUGUAAUGGUAAGGAUUGCAAAACAAAUCCAGAAUUCUGCAUUGCCAAUUCAAUUUCUAUGAUUUAUAAUGAUUUCUGCUAAUUUCUAUGGUGACAUUACCAAAUUUAGAAUUUUGAUGUUCUUAGAAAAUAUAUAUUUGAUUUUGGGUAUCUCUGGAAAUACAAGAGAUACUAAAUCUGGUGGAAGUUAGAUUCUAAAGUUACAUGUUAGAGACUACAGGUUCAAAACUCCGCAGAAACUUGAUCUGAUUUUAAUACCCGACACCCCACUCAUGAAAUUUUGGUUGCCAUUGUGCUUACGCUAUAGCAGGCUAACUGAGACAAAAGAUUUAUUCGCAGAAAUUGUUUAUGGUAUUUGAGGUUUUGUUUGGCUGUGGCUUGUGAGCAUUCUUUGGUUGUGUUAGUAUACAAAGUUUCAAAGCCUGAGGGCCAAAAAAUGAGCCUAAUACUUGAAUCUAUUCAGGUUUACUUACAUUCAAUUUAAAAUUUUUGACUUUAAGAAAAUUAUAAAAUCUCUGAAUACCAUAAAAUAUCAAAGGGGCUCUCGAAGUAUGCGAACCAAGAUGGCGGGCAU